AUGCCUUCCCUCCACUUCCUCACGACCUUAACCCUCACCCUCUCCCUCUCCCUCCUUCUCCAAUCCCCCCUCCUCUCCGCCCACCCCUCCCCCUCCUCCGACUUCAUCGACCCCCGCAUCAUCAACCGCGAUCUCCGAACCUACGGAUCCACCUCAGGCUCGGCCUCUCAAACCCGCCCUCGUUCCUUGCGCAAGAUGAAUCGCCGUAAUCGAGCUCCAAAGAGUGGUCCCAAGAGGCUGAAUCGCGCUACCGAAGCGACGCUGAAAUGCUUGACGGCUUACUCGUUGCACUUUGCGAUGGGGAUUGGUGUACGGAUAUGGGGUCGGUUGCGGGUCAGUACAAUUCUAGUCGAACCUUCGGUUUUCAGUGUCAGCUUACUGCUCUGAGCUUGAUCUUCGUUCAGCUGGUACGAAAUGUGUCGAUAACGCCAUCACAUGGGACGAUGCCACGGCCACUGCGACUUCCUCUGCUGCAAAGGCUACGACCACUUCCGAGCCGACGCCGACGAUCGCCCCUGUCCAUCUGGCGGUCAAGAAAACGACGACUGCUGCAAAGGCUACUCCGACCCCCGGAUCGUCAUCGGAUGAUGAAGAUGACGAUGAUUGUGAUUCGGACGAUGAUUCUGACGACGAUCAAGAAACCACUACGACCGCCGCUUCCAAACCCACGACCGCCGCCGCCGCUUCUAAAACCGGAGUGAGCGGUGUCAACCUCAACGCCAUCACAGGCACCUACACCACAGGCGGCAAAGGCACCUUCUUCUACCAAUACGGUGCCCAUGGCGCAUGUGGCAAGAUCCAUGCCGAUUCAGAUCCUAUCGUCGCUUUGGCGUUGGCGAGGUAUGGGACGGGCUCGAAUGAUGCACCGGAUUGUGGGAGAAAGGUGCAGGUCGUUAACGUGGCGAAUGGCAAGAGUGUGGUUGCUACGGUUGCGGAUGUGAGUUUGAAGUGGGCGAGAUUUGAACGUUCAAGGCGAUGACUGAUGUUCCUUCGAGUGCUGUCACAGGCUUGCCCCGGUUGCGCCAACUACAACAGUCUCGACUUGAGCACCGGCGCGUUUGACCAAAUCGCCGAACAAGCUACGGGUGUCAUCGAGUGAGUCACCGACCUCUACCUCCACAGUCGGGCUUGAUGACAACCGCACUGACACCUCUCGUCAUAUCGUCCGCUCAGCAUCAAAUGGAAGUACCUCGAUUAA